UGAGUAAUUUUACUUUAUUUUUGAAUAAUUUUUAACUUUUUUGUUGUGUUUUUCAGAUUUUUAUUCCUUAACUACUUCAUGCAUUGUGACUGGGUUGAUUUUCUUGCCCUUUUAUUUAUUGUUCUGUCCAGUCUCUCAGCUCUCUAUUUUAACUUCAUAGAUGGAUUUUAUUAGACAUAAAUAAAAUAUGUGAAUGUGUGACUGGUAAGCCUUUAAUUAUGGACACAUUUCAAUAAUAUGAUGACAAACCCAAUCAUUAGUCCACAUAUGUAACUUUGAAAAACAUACAAUAAACAUUUUGCAUUCCUUCCUAUCCUUCAUUUGCUCACUGAAGUGUUUAUAAACUAAAAACUCCAAUAGUAUCGCCUAUCAUUGUCAAAAGAAUACUUGUAUGAAUGGGGGAAAAAAAAAAACUUCUAAUAAAACUCGUUUAACCUUGUUUUCCCCAGCUAUUCCACGCUAUAUUUCUAUGUGUGAGAGCCAGACCGCAAUAGACACAUGUCUGUUUAUUACAGUGUUUGUGACUAAUGAGCAAAUUUACCCCCAAGCCUGUAAUUACUCUGCAGUGUUGAUCUGUUUGAGUUUUUCAGGCCCUAUGUACCUAAUUAUAGGAGCAUAAACAUAAACUUUUUUUUGCUUCUGGAUGCUGCCAUGUUUGCUUUGCUGUGCUUUUCCAUCAAUCUUUACAUCUGCCGCAAGCCCUGUGAGCUUGACGGGGCCAGGCUCAGCGCCACAGAGAAUCAUCCUGUCACUUUCCAUGUCUCGGCGUCUUCCCCCGGCGGCGUCACUCUUCUCCCUCGCUGCACAGAUCAAAGAACUGACACAUGCCCCAAUGUUGUCUCUCCCCUUCUCCCUUAUAUCUCUGACUUGCACUCUUUCUCGAUCUUAACCCUUUACCUCUGUCACUCACCAUCUCUUUCUGUCCUUACAUCCAGCUUUCUUCCUGACUACAUCAGUGGGGAUUUUGAUUCCAUCACACCAGAGGUUAAAGCUUUCUAUGCAGACAAGGGGUGCGAGCUCAUAGAAACAGCUGACCAGGAUCUAACCGACUACACCAAAUGUCUUGUAAAAAUGCUGGAAGAGAUACGGAGACGAAAGCUGCAGGUAAACUACACGCUGCUCCAUUUCAGGCAUGCUUUUCAUCCUGCUCCAGUUUCCAAAUGACAACAGCUCUUUUUUUUUUUAAAGAAAUUUCUCAAAUAUGUCUUAUUUACACUUUAUUUAACUUGAGCUGGGUGUUUGUGGAUCGUCGGAUAAACUGUCUGCUGCCUCUAGUCGCAAAGAGAACCAUAUUGUUUUCAUCAAGCCAUAAAAUGCUUGCCUUUUCUUUUCUAGAAACAAAAGACACAGUGUGUCUUUUUCCGCAAUGUCACUUCUUCAGAUUUUUACAAUAGUUGUAGACUGUUUCUGAUAAUUAUGUAAAAAACCAUUGCCUAUUCUGUGGUCCAUUUAAAACGGUGAAAUAGCCCUUUAGGAGAUUCUAACUUUAGGGUUGCAUGGUGCACGUCAAUAUUUUCAUACAGCACUUGUCAUGUCUCGCCUGCCACUGUUCCCGAAAUGCUGUAACACAAAAAAGAAAAAAAAAGUGGUGGAAGCUACUUGAUUUCUUAUGUAAACAAGCAAUGUCAGCCAGCCAAAAAUCAAUUUUUAGAAUAUUAAUCCACAUCGUUAACACAACAGGACAACAAAAAACUACUGGUUUUCUCACUUUAAAUAAGUCUUAAGCAUACAGCAAGAUACUUACGCACCACAUAUAAAUAAACACAUAACUUCUUGUUUUUUUAUGACUAUUAUUUUGUGGCACUUUUAGCCACAGCAUUAAUGACAGACUGAAAAGAAAUGGGAAAGGAGAAAGACACUCAACAGAGUUUUUGAGGUUGGGAUUUGGACCCGACGAAUAGAACUCAGGACAAACAGCCUCUGCAUAUCCCCACUUUAUUCUCUCAUUAAUCUCUGAGAUCAAUUCAGAUAAAACUUUCUCUCACUUUCUUUUCUUGCUGUCCGCAAAUUUAAUAUUAAUAUGCCUUUAAACAAAGCUGGAAAAAGUGGAAAGUAACGUUGUGACUUUGAGAGAUUAAACCAAAUCUGAGUUCAUUAAUGGCCUGCCAGUGGAUGUAUAUUUCAACCCACCUAAAGCACACGGCUUCUUUGUGUCAAAUAAUGGGGAAACUGACCAAGAUAUCAGAAUUACAGAUCUCUGUAUGUCUGGUUUAACAUUGGAUUCCAAUUUGUCAAAUGUUUUAAGUUGCCACAUUCAUUUGUUCAUGUAAUUAUACACACGGACAUCAUAGGUAUGUCUCAUCAUCAUAUUAUUCGGGAAGGUGAAAUAUUUUCUUUCCCUUCCUGAUGCAGAUAAUUGGUGGAAAAUAUCUGUAUCAACCUCUCAGCAAAAGCAAAAUAUAUUGGGAAGAUCCUGGUUCAAUCAGUGUCUCCAGUGAGACAAGUUCAGUACAAACAUCGUCUUAAAGGCCACUCAGGAAUACAGAGACAAGAAUUUUCCUUUUGGACGCAUUUCUUGUACUCUGAUUAAACCAAAACUGAAUUGUCUAGCCUGUUACGAUUGUUACUUUUAGAAGGAAAAAGGGGGGAAAUUGCAUGCCUUAGAACCCGAUCCCUGCUUAAAAUACAAAGAUGGCAAUCUUAUGUUUCGUGGAAGUUUUUUUUUGCAUUAACUACUGGACCACUUCCCAACAUAGAUGGCCUCACAAGGAAAUGGUAGUUUGUACUCGCUUUACCAGACAAUGUCAUGCUGACAGAAGUUAGCUGUUUUGCGAGACCGACAUCAGUCUGAUGAGAAACAUUGGGGAGUUUCCAUCUGAAAUAACACCUUUUGUCAGACAGCAGUCACAAAGUGCUUCACAGUAAACCUAGUAAAAAAAAAA